AGCAGUCGAGUGUCAUCCGUCGACGUAUGUGAUGUUGGUGUGUGUAACGACGACGCUAUUUAUGUUGAAACAUUGUUGCCAUAUAUAUAUGUGUACAGACAUGUUUUUUAAAUCCGUUAUUUUUAUUGAUAUCGUCGUGAUAAGAUGAAGCUUUAUAAAGGAAAUGGUUUCAUUAUCGCGUCAAUUAAGUGCAUUUCGAGAAGACUUUCGAUGUAAAAUUUUCCAUGGCAACAGUGGUAUAAAGGAGUACUUUAUAUUCAAAAAGGAGAAAUAAAUAAAAGUUCUUGAUUAACCAAACUAAAUGUGUUGAAUAAGAUUAAAGGUUUUCAUAUUUUCAUCAUCCAAGGUCAUAUAUAGCUCUCUUGCAAGCGUUGUGUAUGCCAUUUACAGAUUUGAAUAUAGUCUACUAAUGAAUUAUUAAGACUUUCUUCGAAGCUAUAUAAUAUACAAAAAUGGCUAGUAAAUGGAACAUUUUUGGCUUAUUGCUAUAUAAAAAUUUAAUAGUGCGCAAAAGACAUUGGCGUAUGACAUUACUUUUACAAGCUUUGGUACCAAUUGGAUUAUUUGCAUUAUUACAAGCUGUGAGAGAUUUUAGUGUGAAGUCGCCAAUUGUAAUGAAUGAGACACGCUAUUCUGUAGAGACACAAGAUGAAUUAAUGGGAAAGCUUGAUAAUGCUUUAAACAAUAUAUAUUAUCUGCCAAGAAAUAAAUAUACAGAUAAGAUAAUGGAAUCUGCAAGAAAUUGUCUUCAGCUUCUACCUGAAAGCGUAAUAGGUUUUUCUAAUGAGACUGAAAUGGAAGAUGCUUAUAUAGUUGCUCAAGCAAAAACUCUACUGCUUUUUGUUGUAGCAGUUGUUUUUGAACAAUAUAAUGCUACAGAUACUAUAAAAUACAAAAUUAGACAUUCUUGGAAGAUUCCAAAUACCUUGUAUCAAAGCGUACUAGGUGAACGUAUGAGUGCAUCACCUAAGAUAUAUUAUGACAUAGUUCCAAUUGUGCAAGUUCAGAUGUGUGUAGAUCGAGUUUUCAUAAAUCAAAUGGCACCAAACUCUAUGGCAAAUAUAAAAAUGUCAAUACAACAAAUGCCUUAUCCGCCGCAUAUUAAAAUAGAUGAAGCUGAUAUAAUAUUACGUGAAGUUAUUAGUACAUUUGCUGUCAUAGCUUUUUUAAUACCACUUUGCAUUGAAACUACCUAUGCUUCAAAAGAAAAAUUUAUUGGCGUAAACGUUUUAAUGGCGAUGAAUGGUGUAACAAUAGCCUAUAAUUUACUAAGUUGGUUAAUUACAGGAAUAAUAUUCAGCACUAUUUAUAUAGUUCCAAUAAUCAUAUUAUUUAAAAAUACUUUUUCUACAAAUGUCGAAGCCUUUUUAGAAUACGGAAACGCAUUCAUAUUUUGGCUUUUAUUCACUGCACACAUUACUCAUCUUAUAAGUUUUGGCAUGCAUAUUGCAGCAUACUUUUCAAAACCACGUUUUGUGACAACUGCUUUAUCUAUCAUAUACAUGGGAGAAGUUUCACUUCAUUCGACUCUGGCAAAAGAAGAAUCUUUUAAAAUUAUACCAUAUUUUGGUAUAAUAUUUCCAAAUAUUUUAUUGUACAGAUUUUUCGAAGAAACAACUGCACAGGAAAGUAAAUUAAUUGGCAUUCACUGGAAUAAUAUUUUUAUCCCUGGGAAAGUAGAAUAUGGUACUGCAGGAAGUUCAGGUUUUAUAUUUUUGUUCUCAAUUUUGGGUGCUGUGAUACAUUUCACUCUCGCAGUAUAUGUAAAUGCCAUACAUCCCGGCAAAUAUGGAGUUCGAAAAAAUCCAUUAUACUUUUUGAAGUAUAUCAAGAAGAACAAAAUAUCCCUUGAUGAAGAAGCUAUCGAACUUGAUUAUGAUAAAAUAGGUAAUGAAGAUUUUGAACCAGUAAUAGGUGGUGUACUGACAGCUGGAAUACAAAUACGUGAUCUUAAGAAAUCUUAUACAACAAGCUGUUUUCAAAAAUCUAAAGUCCAUGCGUUAAAAGGAAUUUCCGUGGACUUUUACAAAGGACAAAUUACAGCCUUGCUUGGACACAAUGGAGCAGGCAAAACUACACUUAUGUCCAUAUUAACAGGUGUAAUAAGUGAAACGGAAGGAAAAGUAUUUGUAAACGGCAAAAACAUAAGAAACCAUUUAGACGAAAUUAGAAACGAUUUAGGACUCUGUCCUCAGGAAAACAUGGUAUUCCCAGAUUUAAAUGUAUUCGAACAAAUAGAAUUCUUUGGCCGGUUAAAAGCUACAACUAAAACCAAGGAGCAAAUCAAAGAGGAUGUCAAUAUUUUACUUUCUAAAUUGAAGCUUUCUGAAAAGAGAAGUUUUCUUCCUAGCAAACUUUCCGGUGGUCAACAAAGAAGAUUGUGUCUUGGAAUGGCGCUCAUUGGUGAUGCUAAUAUUAUAAUCUUGGAUGAGCCAACAUCGGGAAUGGAUCCUGAAACCAGACGAGAUACAUGGGAUGCUCUAUUAAAACUUAGAGGAGAAAAGACAAUAUUAAUUAGUACACAUAAUAUGGAAGAGGCUGAUAUACUUGGCGAUAGAAUCGCGAUAGUGCAUGCAGGUCGUCUUAGAUGUUACGGCACUGCAAUGUUUCUGGAGAAACAAUAUGGUCACGGGCACAUAGAAGUUACAUUAUCGACAAAGUCGUGGUGCAUUCCUGGUCAAGUCAUAAGUAAAUUUGAUGCGCAAACUCAACAACUUUCCGUUGACAGUGAAAUUAUUUUAAAUGUACCUUAUAACGAUGAUCUACCACAAUCACUGGAUAAAGUAGAAAGUCAAAAGAAAAACUUGGGAAUUACAGGAAUUAGCGUAUCGUUGAUUACUUUGGAACAAGUAUUUUUGAAGAUAGUAAAGAAAGAGGACAGUGGAACACAUCUUAAUGAAUUAUUUACAUCGCCAUUAGAGAAAAUUACAGGCAGCGCGCUAUUCAUACAAUCAAUAUUGGCAUUAUUCAGCAAAAAAUUUACAUAUACAAAAAAGAAUAUAAAUAAUUUGCUGGUGAUCUUAAUUCUUCCUAUCAUCGCAGAUCUUUUAAUGGGUUUAAGUUUUACUUUGCCAAAGGAUUCUACAGAUAUAAUUCCAUUACAACUUGACAUGUACAGACAUUCAAAAGCUUUCUAUUCUUCGAACGAAGAUACAAUGGGCCAGAAAUACAGAGAUACGAUUAAAUAUUUCGGCGGAAUAUCUGCAGAGCGCACAGCUCCAGAUAUAAAUGUUAUAAAUGCUCUUCUGAAUGUUUCUACGGAGAAUAUUGCGGAAUAUCGCAACAAUUUUAUCGUAUCUGCUGAAUUUAAUGCAACUGGAAAUGAAACAUUGGUUAAUGGAUUGUAUUCUGGUUUAGCAAUCCAUAGUGUGCCGCUAACAGUCAAUCUUUUGAGUAAUUCGUUUAUCAAAGCUUUUGCUGGCGACCAACAUUCGAUUCUUAUAUCUCGACAAGCAUUACCAAACACGCUUGCCUCGACUAGAAUACAAAUGCCAGGAGCGGAAUCGCUUUCGCGCGUUUUGAUAUUCUGUUCGUUCUUCUUCCCUACUGUGGCACUUUUUGUAGUGCAUCCUUUACAGGAAACAGCAACGAAAGUUAAACAACUGCAACGUAUGACCGGUGUCACGUCAAUAUCGUAUUGGGCAACGAUGUUUGCUUUUGAUUAUUUGAUAUACACGAUGAGCGUACUAUUAAUUACUUUAGGAUUUUACAUCAUGGAUGUUAUACUUGAUAUUCGUCUAUACCACAGAGUAGAAAUACUAUGCACAAUAUUGAUCUUACAAUUGUUUGGCAUUAACGUUUUACUUCUUGACUACAUAUUCAGUUUUGUGAAUAAGUCAAGAAGUACAAUAAUAACCAUUUUGUGCCUCUCACCUCUCGGUCUUGUUAUAAUACAAUAUCUUUUACACCAAGUAAUACACAAUUUCGACUGGCUCAACUGGCUAUAUAUUACGCAAAAGAGAAUUGUGCGCCUAAUUCCUUAUAUAAGUUUAUUCCAUGGUGAAUUAUCUUUCUUCGAAACAGCAGUACAAAAUGCAAGAUGUCGUCGUUUACCAAAUAGAUUUCACGAUAUAGUUUGUCUGUCACGUUCCCAUGAUAAUUCCGCUGACCCUUGUUGUGGUUUGGAUUGUGCGGAUGGAGUUUGCAGAAAUCAAUUAAAUUACUUUAAAAACUUCGAAGAUGAUAUGAGUUUCGAAGAAAGUAUAGUGUAUCUAUCUUUAACACCAAUUUUGUAUUUUACUCUAUUGAUUAUGAUAGAAGAAAAAUUCUUUAAGAAAUUAUUUACAAAGACGAGAAAAUUAAAGAUGGAACAGGAAACAAUGGAUGAUCAAGUGAAGAAAGAAAAACUUACAGUAGCGCUAGAAAUCAAUAAAAUUAACAGUCAAAAUAAAAACGUUGCAAAACAAGAACCCAAAGUAAAUUCUGCAGACGCCAUUAAUUCUGAAUUACUGCACAGCCCGACAAACGAAGAUGACAGUCUGUUUUUAGUAUACGAACUAAGCAAAUAUUAUGGAAAGCUAAUGGCCGUAAAAGAAAUCAGUUUUCGAGUGAAACCACGAGAAUGUUUUGGAUUACUCGGUGUAAACGGUGCUGGAAAAAGUACGUCUUUUAGAAUGUUAACCGGAGAAGAAAUAUCAAAUAGUGGCAUAAUGUACUUAGGACAAGCAGAAAUUCAUUCAGACAGACGAAAGUAUCUUUCUGAAAUGGGAUACUGUCCGCAAACAGAUGCCUUAAUACCAUCCUUGAACUCUUUCGAUCAUUUACGUCUAUUCGCUCGUCUUCGCGGUAUACCGAAGGCAAAUGUGGAAUUGGAAGUUAACAAAUGGAUUAAUAGACUGAAUUUAACAGCUUGCAUGUCACAGCCAAGUAGUACAUACAGUGGCGGUAACAAGAGACGCUUAAAUAUCGCAAUGGCUCUCAUAGGUAAUCCUACUCUUGUUCUUCUGGAUGAGCCCACAACAGGUGUCGAUCCUGCGGCUAGAAGAUCGCUAUGGAAUACAUUGCAGUCCUGUCAAGCGGCGGGACAAGCAAUUAUACUUACAUCUCACAGUAUGGAAGAGUGUGAGGCACUUUGCAAUCGUUUAGUCAUUAUGGUGAAGGGCGAGUUGGUCUGCAUCGGUGCAAGUCAGGAACUGAAACAACGCUUUGGAGCGGGUUACGAUAUUCAUGUGAAAUUAAAUCCGGGCCGAUCGGAAGAGGACGUUGAUAAUAUUAAGAAAACCAUCGAGUCUACUCUAACAUGUGAUAUUAGAGACGAAAAUUUGGGCUAUCUUGCCUAUCACGUAACUGAUUCUAACACAACGUGGAUAACGAUGUACGAUACAAUGAAAGACUUGGACCGAAGAUACAGCUGCAUUGAAGAUUAUGCCGUUUUAUCGGCAACUUUAGAACAACUCUUUAUACAAUUUGCGAGAGGAGCAGAAAUGAUGCAACCCAAAAAGUCUAUUACUAAUUAUGAAGAAAUACCGUAAAUAGAAAGCAAGUUAAAAUAUACUUAUAUCUGAAAUAUAUUAAAAACAAGCUAAUAUUAAUCUACGAGUCAGUAUUGCUAUAUUACAAGCAAAUUAUUGCUAUUAUUAUAAUUUAUAUUGCGUGUAACGGUUGAUGAUUCUAAUUUUAUGUGAUAUAAGAUAGUUAUAUUAAUACACAUUGUAUUUUAUUUUACUAAUUGUAAAGAUUGUGCGAUUAUUUUGAAGUUGUAUUGCAGUGAAGAUAUUUUAUUAUUGAAAUACGUAUUUUGAUAUAUUGAAUAGAAUAAUUU